AGCCAUUUCGGCACCCAUCGUGCCCGAGGAGCUGCAAGUCCUGGGGCACGAAGGCCAUGGCGCUGCAGCUGGUGUCUCAAGGCAAUGCGGUGAACUUGAGGCUCCAGGCCGCGCGUCCCGUCUUUGGCAGAGGCGUCGAUCCGGACAAAGUUGCCACCACCCUGAACAGCGGCAAGAAGGAUGAUGUGCUGCCUGUGCUCCGGCACCUGACCUCGUCGGGCAAGGCCACCAUCGAGUCCCUUCAGGUGUCGGAGUGCAUUGGCAGGCUGCUGAGGCACAAGGACGGCCUGGUGGCCGCCGCAGCCGCGGAGGCGCUGGCGGCCUCCGGGGCCUCCGGGCAGCGCCACGAGGAGGCGUUGCUGCAGAUGUUGCUGCGGGAGGAGCCGGUGGUGCUGGCUGCCCUGUCCGCCCUGGGAAAGCUCAGUCCGAACAUCCAGCCCACGAGGAAGCCCCUGGUGGUGCGCCAGGUCUCCCAAUGCCUCCAGGGCUCCGCAGCCGUCCGGGGCCGUGCCCUGCGAACGCUGGCUGAGAUGAAGGCCACGCGGCAAGCCCUGGCAAUCCACGACCUGUUGCAGGAGGAGAAGGUGCCGGAGGUCCAGGGCGCCGCGGUGGAGGCAUUGGCGCAGCUGGCUGCCAUGACCCGGGAGGCGGAGAGCUGCUUCCCAGAAGAGGCGCGGGAAAAGCGGCUAGCGGAGAUGCUCUCGUCGCCGCGGCUGGUGUACUCGGCUCUGGUGGCCAUGGCGCAUCUGGGGCCGAAGGCGCCAAGCUCGCUGUUGGGCCCCGUGACGGCUCUCUUGACAGACAGUGACCUGAGCAUCCGCUAUGGAGCCGCCAUGGCGCUUGGCUCCAUGGCGGAGAUGGUGGCAGCCUCUCGAGCAACGAUCGACCAGCUCGUGGGCUUGCUGAAAGCUGACGACGUCAACGCGCGUGCGGCGGCCUGCUGCGCCCUGGCGCGCAUGGGCAAAGAGGCCCAGCCCAGCGCGGAGCUCGUGGCCACGCUGGUCACGGACAUGCAGGAGGCGCCCCCUCAGGCGCUAACGAGCGCCGGCAAGCGCGCGCCCCCGCAGAUGCUGCUGCCGCGAUGUGCGGCCAUCACUGCGCUGGGCGCCAUGGGCGCAGGCGACUACGCCAAGGCCGUGGCGCAGGGCCUGCUGGACAAGAACUGGCAGGUGAGGCUCAGCGCUGCCGAGGCUUUAGCCCAGCUGGGGGAGGCAGCUUCGAGCCACGCCAGCAGCCUCAUCGGCUGCCUGGGCGACGACUCCCAUCUGGUCCGCGCCGCCGCCUGCCGCGCGCUGGGGGCGCUGCGCAUGUCUGAGGCCUUGCCGGGCCUGGCCCAAGCCUUUGAGGAUGCCUCCGCGGUGGUGAGGUGUAGCGCGCUGAACGCGGCUGCGGAGUUGGUGCGGGAAGCUGAGGAGUACUGCCACGAAGUCUUCAAAGCCAUCACCGAUGAGCAGCCGGAGGUCCGUGCAGCUGCUGUGAGGUGCCUGGCACGACACGAGCGACUGGGACCCAACUACGCUGGGGUGGUGGCCACACUGCUCAUGGAUGGCAGUCCCGAAGUGAGGGCGGCUGCGGUGGCGGGCCUGGGCGCUCUGGGCGCCGCCGGCCGCAGUUUCGAGGAGGAGGUGAACGCAAUGUUGAACGACCCCAUCGACAUGGUGCGGCAGGCUGCUGCGGGAGCGCUGGAACUGCUGGGCCUGCGGUCGCCUUUGGCGCCCAUCAAGCCCUUGGCGGCGCGGAACCCCUCCGCCAUCAAGGCGGUGCUGGUGCCGCCGGACAACAAGGACCCAGUGGAGGGCCUCGGCGAGUACUACAAGAGCAUCAUGAUGAGAAAGUCAGACCUCGUGAAGAGCGGCAAGUGGAUCGACGACGAUGUCUUCUAGUUGGCGCACCGCGCCAGUGCGACGAAGCAAGCCGCAGUGUGAGCUAUGGGCCAAGUUUAGUGGCUGUCGAUUCUAUUGGAAACAGAAGCGGGUCUGAGGACUACACAUCAAUACCUCUCAAGCCAUGUUUAUGCUUUGCCUCGAUUGAGCAAAGUCUCACAAGCUGCUCUCCACAUAGUUUUCAACACAUCGAGCUGCUCUCUUGCCGAUCUCGUUUGAGAGGCGUGGAGGCAGAGAAGUCACAGGGCGCUGUAGGCAGCAUGAAUGCUGAGAGAGGCGCAGCAAAACACGACAGAA